UCAACUAACAUAAGUCGUUGGCUGUGUGUGUGAUUUUUUAAAGUCUUCUUAAACUGUAACUAUAAGCUUCUUUGAAACAUAAGAAGCAACCCUAUGAUGGCUUUCUCAACUGACUUUGGAACCAGUUAUUUUGGCGGCGAGCGAGAACCACUUCUACAGCUGAACGCGAUAGUUGCGGAGGUGAAAUUUAAAAACCUGAUACCAGAACGAACUUUUUACAAGACUCAAUAUCGAAGUCGCGGGAAAACGAUGCAAUUGGUUUUGAAAGAAGACUCCAUCGUAGAGAUGGAAGCUAUAACAGACGGUCACCUUAUAAAAAUUGUCGGCUGGGUUAGAAGAGAAGUGUCGGCGGCAAGAAAAAUGAACGAUGAUAAUGGCGAGGUGCCAAUUCGAAAUGAAGACACAAAUGAAGUUUUAAAUCUUCUGUGUAACGCAAAUCCGCCCACUCCAUGUGCACAUAGUAACGCAGUCAGUCAACCUUUUUCUGUCAAUCUUCACCCCAUUUAUAAAGGAAACAAUCCAGAUAAGCCAGUGUUUGAAUUAAGUCGUAAUGACAAGGAUCGAUCACUAAAUUUGUUCCAGCUUAUAAUUCAGUUGGAAUUUAUUGAUGGUUCACAAAGUGAGAAAUUCGUUAGUCCUGCAUUCAGGCUCCAAACAAAGCCAGGAAUUAAACAAGCACCCUCGCCGCCAAGACCAAAAAGACCACGGUCUAACUCUUCGAGCCCUGACACAGUCAUAUCUGUUCGUAACGGAGUAACUGACGGCAGUUUCGAAAAUCGUGAAGGUUUUCGUCACUCACAUAUGCUUGUUGAUCAGCUUGACGCAAAAACUGCAAAUGUUGAUCAAAUCGUUACAAAAAAAUUGCAAGUAACCGGCGGAUUUCACGCUGAAACGCCACAUGCCGAUAUGGCGUAUUAUUUAAUGUUAAAAGAUCCCACGCAAUACCGUGAACUGGAAGAGGGUGAUAUCGUCGGGUUUUAUAAUGAUGAAGAAACGGGGCAGACGUACAUGCAGCGCUUACGUGCUGACAACAUUAACACGGCGAUACAUGCUGGCGUAAUUAGCCGCUCCCAUUGGCUAGCUGGACAUAAACCUGCCAAUCCAGAUGUGAAAAGUGAUACUGUCUGCGUAAUUGGAAUUGUUCCAGUAAAGGUUGCUGGAAGUAUUGAUAAUGGUGAACGUAUAUAUGCAUCCGUUGAUCGUCCUGGGAAAGCAAUUCCCCAGUCGCACAUGCCCGUUGGACCAUUGCUGAGAAAAAAACAUGUUCUUCUUGGUAUGGCCUUGGAAAAGAAACACUGCAAACAACUAGAUGCUGUGAAUUUAGUAAAAUGUUUUGUAUGUGUGGUUCUUGACGCUAGUCGUAAAGAACUUCUGGAGGAAAUAGAAGAUUUGUAUGAAAACACCGAAAAUUAUACAGAAAAACAAAUCAAAUUAGCCAGUAAAAGAACUUGGAGAAGUAUAAAUCAAAGGUUGCACGUUAUCUGCUUUGCUAAUGCUUGCAGUGAUCAUAUUCCUUUGUAUCAGUGGCUUGUUCCGGGUUCCAUGUUCCGGUAUUGGCUAUGUCGGAGAGGAUCGAUACCGGGUCAUCAGUUGAGAUUUUUCUUUAACACAGAAGAGCCCCGUAGGGUUUUUCACGUUCAUGGCAUUGAGUUUACUUGGUCUGAUCUACAAGACAAAGUUGGUUUUAAAUUUAAAAUGAAUUACGAAGGAAAUCUGACCGUUCCUUACUACCUAAACAUAGACCGUUGUGCUUAUUACUGGGACCACGGAGCUUUGGGCAAUAAUAUUGGUGGACGUAAGUUUAUUGGAGGAAGUCGCGUCUUAUCAGUGAAUAAAAAUUGCUCAAUUGUGUAUGAAUUGGAUGAAGGGAAGAAAAAAUGGGAGUAUGUUCACAAUCAGAAGGAUGUCAUUUGUAUUCCUCCUCUCCGAAAUGGCUGAUCAAACCCUUGCAACCGACUACAAAACUGAAAUUCAAUUCAUAAUAAAUUUAAUGAUAGAAAUUACAUUCUAAAAAACACCAAAAAAAAUGCUUGUAAAUAUGACAUAUUGAUCAUGUCUCAUUAAGGAGUGGAUUUCUUCAUUCACUAUUCUAGCCUUCAUUCUGAAAUUCGCUUUCUAAAGGUUUUUUUAACAUUUGAAAACGUACCUUAUUUGUAUGUAUGUAUAUAAUAUAUAGUGCAGUUUAGAGUGACUUUAGUUUUGCUUAAUAUUUGACAAAAAUCAAUAAUAGACUUUAGUGUUUGUCCAUUGCUAAUAUAAAGUAACAAGGUUUUAUAAAUGUUCAUACAAUCAAAUUAUUUGUAAAUAUCGAAGUCUUCCUACAAGAAGUCAUAAAAAUGAAGUCUUCCUA